AUGGAGAAGCAGGAACGGAAAGCGACGUAUGAAUGUGGUCCUACACAGGCUCAGACACGAUGGAAUGGUCGCUUUUCUGAAGGAAGUUGGAGUAAGGAGAAGUCGGAGAGUAAGAAGUUGGAGAGUAAGGAGAAGUUGAAGUCGGAGAGAAGUAGUAAGGAGAAGUCGGAGAGUAAGGAGAAGCUGGAGAGUAAGGAGAAGUUGGAGAGUAAGGAGAAGUUGGAGAGUAAGGAGAAGUCGGAGAGUAAGGAGAAGUCGGAGAGUAAGGAGAAGAGAAGUAGUAAGGAGAAGUCGGAGAGUAAGGAGAAGUCGGAGAGUAAGGAGAAGUUGGAGAGUAAGGAGAAGUCGGAGAGUAAGGAGAAGUUGGAGAGUAAGGAGAAGUCGGAGAGUAAGAAGAAGUUGGAGAGUAAGGAGAAGUUGGAGAGUAAGGAGAAGUAG